AUGAGCGACAGCAACAAGGCACCGAAGAAGGACGCUCCGUCCAGAACCACUGAGGUCAAGGCUAUGCAGGGGGGUACGCGCCCCUUACCUGCUGAGCCAUCGCCCCCGAAUACGUUGGCAAUUGCGCCACAGCUCGGGAGCCCUUUUGGCUCGCCUAGUGCCAAACCUAGGAUGACACGUUCCAUACGCUCGCUGCCUUCCAGUUUGCCCGUGUCAAUCUCUGACUCGGAGUCGUCUGUGGGAUCAUCCUCGCGUCUGCUUUCUCCGGUGUCCCCGUUCUUGUCCCCGUCGUCACCAUCAGAGUCUGUCCCCGGGACGGUGAUCAUUGGUUUUGGCUACCGCUCGGCCCGCUACCUCGCCAACAUUGGCCUCCCAAAGUAUUCUAACUAUGUGCUGGACGACGUGGCUGUGACGUUUGCGGCAGUGCUGUGGCCGGAGGAACUUCGCUAUCGUCUCAGCAUCAGCGAGGAGCAGGCCUCAGGGCUGGUGGACGCAAUGGUGGCAGACGUGCACGAUCAGUUGUGA